UGCGUGCGCACCCUGACUCACACCACUUCCCAGUCCCCACUAGUCCUAAAUUUAGAAACGAUCUUACGAUCGUGUCCAGCUUACAAGCUUUGUUCCCCCGGCGUACUAUAGUUAUCGUGGCAUGUAUCGACGCCGCUUUGUUUCCGAUUCAGGAGAGAUGAGACAAGAGAAUGAGACACUAGAAGAAGGUACUGAAUGAGUGAAUAGAGGAGGGAAAAAGUGUGAAUUGCGUUGGAAUCGUAUGGUCGACGAAGAACAACUCGGAUCUUCAGAGCUGAUUUUGAACAGUAAAAAGAUCGAUUAAGAGGGAAACUGAAUUGGACUGAUUUGAUUUAUAGAUCGAUUUUUAAAAGGAUUAAUUUAUUUCUCUGAUUUUUCUUCUAUUUUGAUUCGGCCCUGUAUCUCUCUCAACUGCGCUUCAGCUUCUGUUUGUAUUAUCCAGUGGCGUUUCUAUGGAAUUCAGGUUUUGAUCUGCCAGAGAUAGAAGGAUUGUCAUCAUGGGUGGCUCUGGGAAGUGGCUGAAAACAUUGAUUGGUUUAAGGAAGUCAGAAAAGUCACAAUCUUCAGAUAAGGAUGAGAAUAGGUCAGCACCCGCUAAUCGGUUUUGGAACCGGAGAAGGCAUUCUGUAGAUGAGUUUGUUCACGACUCAGAUCCGUUAACAGGGGAUGCAAAGGUUCAAUCAAGUUCAGAUGCUUCCAGCUCCCCUGCUACCUUACUACAAGUACAGCCUGCUGCUCAAGUUGAAAAGAAUGUCAAAGAAGAAUGGGCUGCUACCCGCAUUCAAACAGCAUUUAGAGGAUUUCUGGCUAGACGAGCACUUAGGGCUUUGAAAGGGUUGGUGAGACUUCAGGCCCUUGUUAGGGGACAUGCUGUGAGAAAACAAGCUGCGAUAACUCUUCGUUGCAUGCAAGCUUUGGUGAGAGUUCAGGCUCGUGUUCGAGCACGCCGUGUUCGCAUGGCAUUGGAAAGUCAGAUGGCAGAGCAAAAACUUCAGCAACAGCUUGUACAUGAGGCUCACGUUCGAGAAAUUGAGCAGGAAGGGUGGUGUGACAGUGUUGGCUCUGUGGAAGAGGUUCAGGCCAAGUUAUUAAAGAGGCAAGAGGCAGCAGCCAAGCGUGAGAGAGCCAUGGCAUAUGCUCUGGCUCAUCAGUGGCAGGCAGGAUCGAGGCAACAGGCAGCCCCUGCAGGUUUUCGACCAGAUAAAAGCAACUGGGGUUGGAACUGGUUGGAGAGAUGGAUGGCCGUUCGUCCAUGGGAGAAUCGGUUUCUUGAUAUCAAUCUCAAAGAUGGAGUAAUGAUCCAUGGGAAUGGGUCAGCAGAGGGGGAAACUGGCAUGAAGACCCAAUUCAGAUCUGCCGUCAAGAAGCCUAUUUCAUCAAAUUCUCCCUCAAAUCAGAAAACCACAUCUCAUUCUGAUGGUAGUGGUUCUUCAUCGAGCAAGUCAGCUAAUGUGCUAGCAACGUCCAACACAGUAUCAGGGAAGCCAAGACCGAAGCCGUCUGAAGAUCCAGUUGAAGAAGCCAACUCAAGGCCUUCCAUCAUUGGGUCCCGAUCAUACAGCAAUCCUAAAGAGAGACCUUCACAACCAGAUGCGCUGGAAAAGAAGCGGUUGUCCCUACCAAACAGUGGUAUUGGAGGACAAACAGCCAGACGCCCCAGUAGGAACACUGCCAAUAGGACACCAAGUGCACAGAAGCCCAUUAAGGAUAGAAACAAAAUUGAUGGAACGCGUGAUUCCAGCCAAACAAAUGGUGUUCAGCAGUUGAUCAUUAUUCUGAGAUCAUAUGCUGUUUAUCUUAGAUUGGAAGAUUGACUUAGCAAGAAAUUGUCCAGGAGUAAGAAAUUAAGAACAAUUCGCGAACGAGCGAGCAUUUUAAGCCUCUGGAAGGGUGAAAUCGAGAAUUACUGUGUAGUCUCUUGCUUGCCACAGGCUAAUGAUACCAAGUAGAUGCCACCUCUAACCAAGGCCUAUCAACAAUGCUUGCUUUGCUUGUUACAUCAAUUGAUACUCAUUAGUGUUGAAAAUCCUCCAGGGUGAAUUAUAUGCUUAUGAAUCUGUUCUUUUACUUCUUUUGGGAUAGAAUACAUAAAGUUUGGUCACAUUUAAUUUUGUGUGAAUUUAAUUUCAAGUAGAAGGGAAGCAUGUGAUCUACUAAUGAGAUAUUCAUCUGUGCCAUCUUAUCUCUUCACAUGGAACAAAGUGUAGCAACCCCAUUAUAUGUGAUGUUGGCUUUUGUCUUC